CAUUUGCUUGCCCUGCCGGCUAAUGAGGACCCAUUGGAACGACAAAAACUCGAGUUCCUAUUCGAAUGGGGUAUCGAUUUAACGACAACGCCAAAACCAAUGCCAACACCAAUACCAUUAACAAAAGCUAAAAAUCCACCGCCACUGCCACUCAACAUUAAAUCCAUCAACCAUCCAUCGACAACGCAUCAUCAAGCGUCGGCGACACACGCACACACACACACAUCGCUGGCGCCGCAGCAGCAACAUCAUCAUCAUCAGCAUCAGUCAACGACGCAGCAACAUGGUGCCAGCAACACCAACAUCACACCAACGACAACAACAACCACCACAACAACCACAAGAACGCAUACACCACAAACAACACAAGCGAACACGGGGAUUCCAACACAAACGACGAGCGCGAAAUAUACGAAGAGUCCAACACAACAACACCAACAGCAGCAUCAGCAACAACAACACCAUCAACGUACAACACCAACUACAGCUACAACAACACCGACGAAGAGUACACAACAACAGCAGCAACAUCAAAGACUGACACCAGGCGAGCGCACGAGAGCGACGGCCACCACAAAAACAACAGCAACACCAACAACAUCAGCGCCAACGUCACGUGAGCACACACCCACGCGCAGCAGCACACAAUCGCAACAACAUCAACACCACAAUCAGUCAUCCUUACAGCGUCAGCCAUCGAUAAGUCAGCAAAAGUCACAACAACAACAACAGCAACACGAACAGAGGCGCGAACUCGAUCGCAAGGACUCACAACGCGAACGCGAUCGUGCGAAAGAGCGCGAACACGAGCGCCAGCGUGCACAUGGCGAAGCGCGUGAGCGUGAACACGAACGCGAGCGCGAACGAGAGCGAGGCCGCGAACUAGAGCACGAGCGUGAGCGGCAGCGUGAUUAUGCUCACGAACGCGCACGCGAUUACCCACACGAGCGCGAGUAUGCUCGCGAACGAGAGUAUGCGGCGCGCGAUCGUGAGUAUGAGCGUGAACGCGAGCGUGAGAUGUCACGCGAGACACGCCACAGCGACUAUGAGCGUGAGCGCGAGCUUGACUAUGCACGCGAACGUGAGUAUGAGCGAGAGCGCGACUCCGAACGUGAGCAUCCACCGCCAUCAGCACACACAACACAACAACAUCAACAUCAACAAGCCCAUCAUCAUCAUCAACAACAACAACAAACACAUUACAAUAAAACUAAUUAUAAUUCCGUUUACCAGUAAAAAAGAACAUAAAAGGAAAACCAACAACAAAAACAAAAAAAAAACGAAUUUGAGAAAUUUUUGCUAACGAAAUUAACCACCAACAAACAACAACAACAACAACAAAGAAACGAAUGCUUGAAACAAUUGUAAUUACUUAACGCAGCAACAACAACAAUAACAGCAAUAGCAAACAUGGUACAAACAUUUGAAAAAACAACAACAACACAAUACAACAGCAACAAUAGAAUACCAUGCAACAACAACAAUAACUUAUUAACUUUUGAAUUGUGCAAACUGUGUAACUUCCACGCCUUAAAGCAACACACUUAUGUAGCAAUUCCCGUUAGCAAUAGCCCAGAUUCUAGCAAACAACUUGCAACCAAAUUACAACAACUAUCUCUCUGCAUAGCGCCGCCGUUCGUUUCACUACAGUACUCCCCCCUCCAACGCGUACCAUUUUAGUAGCCUACGCUCUCAUAGAAACGCUUCAAACUAUUCUCUCAAAAUCUCUCUCUCUCUCCCAUCAUUAGAAAAAACUCUUGAAAAAAAAUAUAAAAAAAUUAAAAAAAAAAUAAUGUUUUGUGUGCUUAAACGGUUAUAAUUUUUAGCUUUUGUACACCGACUCGCUAAAUUGUAUUAUUUGCGAUUUCCACGACACUCACACACACACAUGCCACACACGGGAGAUACUCAGACAAGUUGGAGUUACAUUUAAAGGCUUAUUUUUGCUUCCGCCUUGUGACUACUAUCACAUAUAUAUUAUUUGUUUUUAGAUGUUUGUGCUUAGUGUUUUAAUGUCAGCUUCAAAUGCUUCAAACGCUUAAAUCUCUGUUCACAGCAGCAGUGAAGACUAGUUCCAUCAAAGGAUGUGAGUUCAAGUUUUGUGUUUAUCAUGUGUUCUCAAGGUGGUGUUGAAGCAACUCUGAGUUUAAACUGACUCUGAUUGUUUUUUUGGUAACCGAUAUGUAAGAUUCGUAUAAGAUUAAGGCAGUAGUCUGCUUUACAGGCUUCAAAAAAUCGAUUUUUUUGUUUUUUUUUUAAAUCUCUUCCAAAACUAUCCAAGAAUAUGUCUUUAAAAUUCCAGAGGCCAAUUCGACAUAUUUUCGAAGCAAGAGCAGUUUUAGUGGCCGAGCGUCGAGCAGGUGCGAAUGCUCUCCGAAAACUUUAUAGCGCAUUUUCUCGUUUUAAAGUUCAUUUUCACAAGUGUUAGAAAACGGUGCCGGUAAUAGCAAAAAGAAUACAUAUAUGUCCGAUCGAAAAAACAAAAGUGAUCUAGCUUCAGUAUUAAACUAUCUUCUAUUUGAACUAAAAAAGUUGGACAAAAGUAUUAUUUAAACUACUUGUUUUGCAACUUAAAGUCAAUUUUUUUUUUCUUAAAAAAAAUGAUUUUUUUUUUCAAACUUCGAAAAAAUUUGGAAUUUUAUAACUAAUUCGGCAUUUUCUUAGUUCAUAAAGAAAAGAAACUUAUAAAAAUUAAAAAAAAAAUUGGUUCGACUGUUUCAGAUGCAUCGCACGAACUUCAUCACCGGCACCGAUUUACAAGUGCAGACUCCAGGCGCUCCAGAAAAAUACUUACAACUUAGAAAAAAUUUCAAUAUUUUUUAAUAAUAAAUAUUGUUUUUUAAACCUUAAAUAUAAUACACUAUCGUCUUAAAAUUCCGUUUACCGCAAUCAUUUCCUUCCCUUUCAAAAUAAAUUGCUAAAAAAAACGCUUUUUUUCGGCUUCUAAAGCAGAAUACUGCCUUAAGCAAUCAAGAGAGUUGCCAACUGUUCUUAUAGUGAGCAAAGUCGCUCAAGUUUUUUUGCUCUCUUCCUGCUGCGCUGUUGAACAUUUCGCUUUAUUGUAUAUUUAAACUUCCAAAUAUAUUCGUAUCAAUAAAACACUGCCACAAAAACAAACACAAUAUACACUUUUACACCAAUGAGUAUCUCGAGAGGAGCCCAAAGCAAACCAGCAAAACGAACAAAUACAACAAAUCCAACAAACAACCGAAAAUAUAAACAUCCAAAAAUGGUAUAAACCCAACACUUUUUGUAAAAAAAUAUGAAAAUAUAUAAAAAAAUAUUAAAAAAAAAAAAUAUUAAAAAAAUAUUUAAAAAAAUGUAAAAAAACAACAAAAAAUAUUUAAAAAUACAACAACAAAAAAUACAAAAAAAAAAAUUAUUUAAAAAAAAUCUAACAAACCAUUACAAAAACAACACUGCAGUCGAAUCCACCACACAAAACUGUAAAAUCUACACUUAUACACCACACCUACCGUUAACUAACCAACUUUUAUUUAAAAUAUGUAUAUGUAGAAAGGUGUAAUCUACAAAGAACACGCAUAUACGAGUACUUAGUUGCAACACUAGUCUCUACUAUCUCUCUAUAUAUUAUAUUAUUAUGUCAAUGUAUGUACGCUGUAGUCUAUAUUGUAUUAAUUAUGUAUUGUAUUUGUAAUUAUUGUUAAACUAAAUUGUAUUAUGUAACUAAUUGUAUGUAUGUCAUGUAUAUAUCAGUUAAUUGUAGUUUAUAUGUUUAAUUGUAAUUUUGUGUGUGUGUGCCACCAAUUGAGCACUAACCUCUAAAAUCUUGUACUUUAAGAUUCACACAUGCUGUGUAAAUUUGUUUUUGACUUUACGCAUUUUGUAUAAGUGCAGCGCAGUAUUUUUGGCUACCAGAAAGAGGUCGUUCAAGAACAAGCUUCCUAAAUGUAGCAUACCUACAGGCGCCGUAGAAGUGCUGCGCUGGCUUUAUUUGUUUGUAUGUCGAAGAAUGACUUCAAGCUUUUACAGCAAACAGAGUUACAACAACAACAACACACACACACCGACACACCACACAUACAUAUAUACGUUGUAAACGCAGGCAGCUUUAUAUGUAUCAUACAUAUAUGUAUGUAUGUAUGUAUGUGUUUAGUAGGCUUUGCGCGAUUUUUGUGUGAUUUUAUGUAAAAGAUUGCAGCAAAAAUGACAUCGAAGAGUUGAAAUUGAAAUAUAGACAAGGUAAAAGGUUGAAGAAACGCAACUGCACAGGUAUAUUAAUAGUAAACGUUGCAACUGAGAUGAAAUUCCAAAUGCAAAUGCAAAACAAAAAAAUAAAAAAAAUAUUUACA